UAAUCUCGGUGUCGUGGCCGUGGCCGUGGCCGCGUUCGCAAGCUGCGCGUUUGCUUUGCAAUCUGAUGUGUACUCGUGAGUGUUGGGAGUCAGUUAUGCCCGGGAAACCCGCGAACGUUUGGCAGUAUUGCGGAGGCUUUGCGCCACGGUCUGGAGAUCGUCUUCGCUGGUCUCGAUAUGGACGCUGCCUACGCCGAGGACAUCCGCGCGAUUCCUAUAGGGCUAGGAUCAAGCUUUUCGCUCUUGUCGGUAUCGCACUGGUCGAACCUAUUGUGUGAAAGCGGUAUUUGCGAAAUCGGCAUUCAAAUGCAUGAUGAUGUCGAAAUACCGAGCGGGCCGCCCCAGAACGGUUAGCCGCAGAGCUCCAGGCGCGUGUCAACAUUGAUUGAGCACGCGUAGAUGUCGUGUGAAGUGUUACCCGUAUCAAUGGCAGAUGGUGUAGAAGCGAGCGUCCGCAAUGAUCAAUUUCCGCUCAGGGGUGUCGUACUAUGCUGCACUUCCCUGCUACAGGACGUCCGCACAAGGCUUACGCAUACUGCUACCGAGCUUGGGGCUGUCGUUGAACUGGACCUGACGAAGAACUGCACGCAUCUCAUUGUAGGCAGCGUGUCGACGCCAAAGUAUCGCUAUGUCGCCAAGGACCGUCCGGAAGUCAGGGUGCUCUGUGCUAGCUGGAUCGAGGCUGUACGUCAAGCAUGGGUGGAAGGCGGCAAUGUCGAUUUGAGUCUGUUAGAAGAGAAGCAUCGGCUGCCCGCCUUCUUCGGUCUGAAGAUAUGUGUGACCGGCUUUGAUAACUUGGAGCAGCGCAACCUCAUCUCCGACACGGUGGCGGAGCAAGGUGCGGAGUACCAUGGCGACUUGACCAAGAAUGUCACACAUCUGAUCGCCGCCACGCCCAGUGGCGCGAAGUAUGCUGCUGCGAAAGCCUGGGGGCUAAUUAUCGUCUCGUACAAGUGGUUUGAAGACAGCUUAUUUCGUGGAAUGGCACUGGAUGAGAGCCUCUAUGAUCCAGCUAGGCCUGAUAGCGAUCAAGGCAGAGGUGCGUUCAGGACGACAGCCAGGCCUAGAGAAAGCCUUGGUAAGCGAGGCAGAGACGGAGAGUCCCAGGAAAACGAAGAUACUGGCAAAAGAAAGCUACGGCGGACAGCCAGCACUCGCUUGAACAGCCAAAGUCAAGAUGUAUGGCAAGAUCUCUCCGCGAGGGAAGCUGCGCAUGAUGAUGUCGAUGCCAAUCAGUGGAAGGACGAAAAUUACGCCAUGCCCAAAGAUCCGGAACGUCCAAACCUGGUGUCGGUGCAAGUGAGGCGCUCGGAUGCAUUCCAAGCAAACGCAGUGCCAAGUGAACCACCGCGAGGGUUGUUCUCGGGUCUGUACAUUAUGAUAUCUGGAUUUCCGCGUGACCGGAUGAAGCGGUUGCGACAGUAUCUGGAGCCCAACGGCGCAAGCAUCGUUUCAUCGGAGCGAGAACUGGAGGCUGCAGUUGUGGACGCAGAUUGUCGCGGUCGCUACUUGCUGGUACCGCACACGUUCGAAGGCACCCCGCCUGAGCUGCCCGAUAUUCCGCAAGGCACCGAGAUGGUGACUGAGUGGUGGGUUGAGCGAUGUAUCCACUCUAAAGCCUUGUUAGAGCCUCAAUACGACAUGCUCAGCACACCGAUGUGGGAUGCGCAUAUACCGGAGCUCUCUGACCUCACGGUAUGCAUCACAGGAUUUGGCCAACUCGACUUCCGACAGGUUGCGGAGAGCAUUAAACUGAUGGGUGCUACUUAUGCCGAGAAUCUUGACCCAUCGGUGUCCGUGCUUGUCAGUGGUUCGGAGACGGUCAAGAAAGAAAAGGCUUACUAUGCCACGAAGCACAGUAUUCCUGUGGUCUCGGCAGCGUGGCUUUACGCUUGCUUGAGAGCUAAGCGGCGAGCGAGCUUUGAAGAAUUCCUCCUAAAAAUACCAACGUAUGAUCAACACGAUGCCAUUCACCGGCAUUCAAUGAGCAGCCCAGCGGCGAGUGGCGGCAACGUACCCGGACCAGGUCGUAAUACAAGCUCAGCGGCUCCGAAGCGUCUCUCUAAAGCGCGCAGACACGCCACACCCACUCUGCCACUGCAAGGCCAAGUUGUUCGAGCACCGCAGUCACGAACACGUAUGCCUUUUACCGAGGAAGAUGACGAUAGUCGACAGGAUGUGCAGUGUGAAGCUCAGCCUCCACUGUCCGCCAAGCCGACCUUCUCGCCUUCACGACCCCGGCCUUUGCAAGAGCGUUCACCGAAUGCUUCGCCACGGAAAGGCAAUCACGCGCAGACCGAGGAUCACGAUAACCACCCAAAGACAGCCAAGCUGCCGAAUCUCGUACCUGCUGCCGCCCCAGAGACUGCGUCUAUGCCUGUUUCGCCGCCGAGAAGUCCCCUGAAGAGCCUGUCACGGGACGUGCAAUCGCUCGAUCAACAUCACCAAGAUCGACUGACAUCUGAACUCGCAGCGAUGGUCGAACGCCAGCAUUCAGCUUCCCGUCCAGACUCGGCAAGUGCCGAGGCACCACUCAAGCGAAAGAACCGCCCUCUGGGCCGCUCUCUCAGUGGCAUCGGUCACCGAGCUGUGUCCGCUUCGGCGCAGUCGGACCACAGCACCUCAUCCCGCCUCAAUGCCGAGCCAAGCGACUCGAUUGCGGAUGGCUACGACAAUCUCGCCAGGGAAGACGCUCCGCCGGUGGGUACGCAGCUAGGCUACGAGACCCCCGACACGGAAGCUCACCGGUCACUCAUGGAGAAGCGGAUGAAGGUCAAUCUGCGUGAUGAUAGCGUUGGCAAGCGAGCUGCUAGCAUUGGGACGGUCAAGGAUAGCUUUGUCAGUCGCUCGGACAAUGGCAUGAGUGAUACAGUUCGAGCUAGACGGUCAAAGAAUGAGAAGUAAGCUGUAAAGCAUUUCAUGCCGAUGCUAAACGUUCACCAGCUAUCCGCUGCGGGUCGAUACUCUGUGGCGGUGUCGCUUGAU